GCUAAUAGAAUCAAGUUGGCAGCGCCUUUGAGAGUUUAGCUUUCAAUCUAAUUUUUCGCUUCGAUUUUCUACAGUAGGUCAGUCAAAUAAUUGUUCUUGGCGAGUAAAGGCGAUUUGUUUAAAGUGAAAAAGUAAGUUCUUGAGACGAAUAAAGCAAAGGCAAGGCCGCUCACUUUCCCAAUUCUAAAUAGGCGGCUCUAAUAUCAUAAACAAAAUUAAGCAACUUCUGCGUUUUUUGUUCGCCAACGUUUAUCUGCGCUAAAUUGGCCAUCGACGAGGUUACUAUUACACAGUAAUAGUGCACCAAUCCCGAAGCCUACUUUCCAUCGAAUCAGCCAGAAUCUCCUCAAGCAUCAUGGCCGAUCGGAUGCGCUAUCCGCCGGAGCGCCACUAUGGCUUCCGCUGCAGGAACUGCUCGAAAUCCGAAUUCCUGGGUCGCCGCUAUAGCUGCUGGUUCUGCACCGACUACAAUUUGUGCGGCGAGUGCUUCGAUGCCAACCGGCUGCCGGAGGCGCCUCAGCACCUGUACUACCAUCCGCUGACGGUGUACUAUGCCUACGCCGAGUACCAGCUGUACUUCGGCGGCGAGCCAUUCCAAGGCGACCACUUAGUGGCCCAGAGCUAUAAGUGUGCCCUGUGCGAUGAGCGCGGCCUGUCUACCGCCAAUCUGUACAAGCACCUGCUGCAGUCGCAUUCCACCCACUGUGACCACAAGGCCUACCUGACUUUGGUCAAUGCUCUCUAUCUGGCGGACAGCGCCAUGGGGCAAUCGACGUCGCAGGCUUCUGGCCGCACGCUCCCGGUACGAGCACCCAAUUCAGCAAGCGCUCGUCCGCUACCAGGUGGCAGCACGCGUAACGAACAGCGGCCCCAGCAGCUCUUUGAGGCCGCCUUCAACCUGGCCCUAAUGGUUUUGCAGCUGGACACUAUAGAUUCAACUGCCGCCGACUUCCCCGAACGCUGCCAUGAGAUACUGCAGCAGUCCGAAGCUCUGAUUGUCCAGCACAGCAACUCCAGAAUGCCGGAAAUGGGGGCGAUUGAGUCGUACGUUCGCGUCAUCGAAGAUCAGGUGGUGGCUAGCAUGGCCGUUCGCCGGCAGCGUCUGGGCGGUCCUGGUUCCAGUACAGCGUCAGCUAUUGGGAUGAGUGCUGGCGCGCCCGCAUUGGUUAACCGGCAGACGGGAACGGUACGCAGACAGACUGCUAGGCGUACCGGCGAACCCAUCGGGAUGGCCCUCCAAGCGGCGGUGGCUUCGUCUUCUUCAAGCGCAAGGACGGGAUCAGUGGUAGCCAAGCAUCGACCGGUCCCGACGCAAUCUAAGGCGCAAGGAACUCAGCCUGCCAAGAAGCUUUCAACAGUCAUUGCUUCGCCGCUCAAGGAUAAGCGCUUUCUAUGCUCGAAAUUAGUUUGGGAUGAGAAAGCUAAUGGCAAAAAGUGGGAAACCAAGUUGCUCAAAGUCAGUUUUAUCGAGGCCAUAUUCUGCUCGAUGCUGGCAGACGAAGAGCUAGCCCAGCUGCCAUGUGGUCUGCCCUGGACUGGGAAUUUCUUGUCGGCCACACAAGAGAUGUCCCAUGCAGUCAAGCCGUCAGGCAAUUUCAAACCGAAUGGGGAAGUAUUGCUGUAUCCGGUACAACCCGUGGAAUUGAUGGCAAACUUCUACAAGGGUCUUGCUGAGUACAAAACUUGGAUGAGCUACCCGGCCGAAAUGACAGCCGACAGCAAGGCAAUCGAAGGGUCAGUCGAACCAACCGGCUCGCCUUUUUUCGCAAGUUUUAACGAUAUUCCCUCAGCUGAUUCCGGCUCGGAUGAUUUGGAAAGUGGUAAUAGUAAUCAGUCUGGGAAUGAAGCGGUGGAUGCGACUGGCGCACCAGAGGAAAAGGCCAGCGAAUUGCCUGCCGAAGAAAACGGAUUGGAGGAGGAGGAGGAAAGCUGCGAGGAUGAAAACGGUGAUGAGGGCGACGAAGCUUCGGGUUCCGACUUCUCAGAGUCUGGAGUUUCUCAAAUCAUCGGCUUCAUAGAUAUGGUCAUGCAGGACGAAUAGAAAGACAUCCAGCCAUCAUAUGUAGAAAAUAUGUCUCGGUAUUUUCACAAUUACAUAUGUUGUAUUGUUGAAUAAACAGGUGUGCCUAUGACCAAAAAAAAUCUUACUUUCUCUGGCUUUGCAAAGUAAUAGGAAGGUUUUCUCGUUUUUCUCGUUCUCGGUUUUCGCUGGCUAGUUAAAGCAGUUCCACAAAAUCUUAUUUGUACAUCUAGUAGGCAGCACUUUUCCAUUUUGUUCCGGGCUAGACUGGAUUGUAUUUGUUAUUGAAAACCAUUUCUCCGACAUCUGAGUAUUAAGCUGAAAAAAAUAUAAAUAAAGCAUUAUAAGCCCAGCUACGACGCCAAAUUGAACUUCGAUCAGCCGACAUCUGAGAUAUCAUUUGCAAUGGGCUCCAAUUUCUCCGCAAUACUCACCAAGUGCAUGGGUUGUCAGCAAUGUCGCCCUGACUUCGAGCGGCGGUACGAGUGCAGUGACUGCGGGUCAAAGGUCGUGUACUGCGGCAACUGUUUUGAUGAGGGCCGUCUUCAGCUCACGCUAACGCACAAGGACGACCACACCAUUAAGGUCAUCUACCAUCGGUCCUUCCUCGAAAAAUUCUUCAACGCCGAGGAGCUGCUAAACGGCGACAAAGCUUCGAAAUGCUAUAACUGCACCUUCUGCAGGAAGAAGGGCUUUCUCGCCGAGGAGCUGCAGUUACACCUGUCUGAGAUGCACUUGAACCCCGCGGAUG